CUAAAUGAUCAUAAGUUUAGUAUACUUUUGGAGAAUAUACAAGUAAUAAAAAUAUUUACAAUUAAAUUACAACUUGUCCCUACAUAAUUGCUUCAUUUCAAAAGUAUGGGAUUUAAUAUAUUUUCACUUCUAGCCGUAUCUGCAAUACUCUGUGUACAAUACAACAUUCCGCUUAUUAAUGCCAUGAUUGGUAGAGAUGUGCACAACGCACACAUUCGAAACUUUCCUUUUAUGGUAGCAUUUAAAAAUAUAAAUAAUGUAAAUGCCGGCCCUUCCCGCGAUCAUAUUUGUAGCGGAGCGCUUAUUACCACACGUCAUGUACUUAGUGCUGCACAAUGUCUUGAAAAUAGAUUAAUAAAUCAAACUAUUAUUCUACAUGGAACGAUUUCAUUAGUCACAUCCUCGCCAUACACUAUUCUAUGGUGGAUAACGUUUAACGAGUGGAGCAAUUAUAGAAAUAGACAUCUUUUAUUUAGAGAAAAUGAUAUUAGUGUUACAAUGCUAACGCAUGAAAUACAAGGAAACGUUGAACCAGCUGUUUUAUCUACAGUAUCGUUCCAUAAUUUAGUUGAUGAAUACAUUGACUUGGUAGGAUGGGGUGUAAACCAUCGACGUUUUAUAUCACCGAAUUUGCGAACAGCUCAGGUGAAAGUUUUAUCAAAUCGUCAAUGUGAAGAUCAAAUGCAACUUCUGGGUCAAGUAAUGGAAAUUCAUGAAAGGCACUUCUGCACUCACAGCGAACCAUUUAUAAUAUUAAAACGAGGAGAUUUUGGUGGACCUGUAAUACACCACCGUAAAAUCAUUGGAGUUAGCAUAGACGUAAUUCCAGAUUUGGGGAAAUCAAAGUGA